AUGGCGUCUUAUCCAUCACAAGAGCAGCGCCCAUUAAAGAGACCCCGGCUAGGUCCUCCGGAUGUUUACCCUCAGGAUCCCAAACAAAAAGAGGAUGAGUUGUCUACCCCUAAUGUCAAACUCGGUUUCAACAAUAAUUGCACAAUCACAGAUGAGUAUGGGUCUGCUUGUCGUGCAAUCAGCCAAGAUAAGGUAGGCCUAAUAUCAAAAGUUGGAACAUGUUUCAGUUCCAUGAUGACAAAGAAAAUAGAGUUCAACACAUUCCAGGAUACAGGGAAGAAAAAACAACAGUUGAAUAUCAAAGACAACUUCAGACCUGUAACAGCACGGACCAGGAAUGCAAUGGAAGCCUGGUUCAAAGACCUAGCCGGGAGCAAGCCUCUGUCUUUACUUGUGAAGAAGGUACCUAUAUUUAAUAAGAAAGAAGAAAUUUUCUCAACACUAUGUGAUUUUAGCAUCCCCAUGAUUAAGGCUGCCUGGUUUGUGAAGAUGACAGCUGCCUACAACGUUGCUGUACAGGAGAACAAAACCAAGAAGAGACAAGCUGUCGAUCAAUGCCUUGAUUGGAGCCAAGCUCUGACAAAAUACAUGAAAGAACAACUUCAGAAAAUCCAAGAACAUUAUCACAAUCUGAACAAUCAAGGCAUACAAUCCAACUUCCUCCUCGGCUCAACAAAUCAAUCACAUUCCCCAACCGACUUUGAAAAUGCUGUCAGAUAUUGGCAAUUUUGUUGUCGCCUUGCCAGACAUUUAUAUGAGGAAGGAUUAAUUGAUCGUCAUGAGUUUCUAACCUGGUUGCUUGAACACAUUGAGAAAAUACGACCUAAUGAUGAUUCUGUGCUCAAACUUCUGCUUUCUCAGAUUUACUACUAUUUGGAUGAAGUGGCAAUGUCUGUUUAUUUGUCACGGAAGUUAUCCUACUUUUGUGCCAAACGAAUAUCACAAUACACAACAGAAUCUGGGAUUUGCUCUCCUCGUACAGAGUCUCCCAUGAUGACAAAUGGAAAUGGAACCUCUAAUCCCAAUCCACUGUCUAAUCCUUUGUCCGUGCUCUUCACUGAAUACGUUUCGUGCCUUGAACACCGCAGCAUCAUCCUUACGUUGUGUGCCACACUCCAGAUCAUCACCAUCCGCUGCCCCGCUGCUCUUGUUUGGAACAACUUAGGAGACGGCAAGACGUCCUGUAAUUUCCUGUGCGGAUCUCCACUGGAUUUACUAGGCUGUGGUACCUCUUCACUCCCAAUGCCUCCCAACCCUCAUAACCAACUGAUACGAGCCAGAAUUCGGGCUGCUGAACAGCAAAUCAAGCUCAGAGGCCAUGCAGCUGAAGUCAGAUGGUCAUCCGAUAAGUGUCAACAAUCAACUAAAGGUUUCACGAUCAGUAAGGUUUUGAAUGUAUUGGAUAUCUUAGACCGUCAUUAUUUUGACAAAGUAGAUGCUGUCAAUUCUAUUGAUACACUGUACAACAAAAUCUUCUGUCCCAAUGAAACCAAAGAAGGAAAUGAGCCACUUGUUAGCGAUGACCCUAUCAUUAAACUGUUAAUUGACUGGGCAGUUACCAUACAGCGGACAGGCAAUUAUCGAGCAGUCGUAGUUGCCAAGCUGUUGGAAAGGCGUCAGAAUGAUAUGCGAAAUGAGAAGUUUGCAGAUAGUGAAAUGAUGGAUGACAAGGACUCCAUAGCCUCUGAUGCGAUGAUAUCUUCUGGAUAUCCUGUUUACCAACAAUUACUCAUGGAUUUUUUACAUGAAGAUGCUCCUGUUUUAGAUGACAAUAUUACAGAAGAGAAUCGGGAGGCGUUUUCCAAUCUAAUCCAGCUCUUUUGUGAACUCAUUCGCUUUGAUGUUUUCUCUCAUGAUGCCUACAUGUGCACACUCAUCUCACGUGGAGACUUGGCUUCAUCUCCGUCCGUGGCAAUGCCAUCAGCAGACAGUGUUGACUUGUCCAGCGUGAAGAGUUUGUCUGAGAGCAUCAAACAUGAACAUCAAGAUGACAUCAAGAUGGAUUUGGAUAUCCAUACAAUGGAAAAUGAUUUAGGCAGUUUGUUUGGCUCUGUGAAAGAGGAACAAAAAACUAGUCCAGAAGCCCCAGCUUCUGUAAAGUCAGUGAAAUCAGAGCGAGAUCAGCCCAUCUUGAGCGUGGGUGAAUCUCAAUCAGCCCCUCCCCAACCACCUCCCCCCAAAGGACCUUCUCGUCAUAUGCUGUUUGCCACACACUUCCCUAUCCCACAGAAUGAGAGCUAUGCUCAUGAAUGCAACCAGCGCUUUGUCGUACUCUAUGGAGUUGGCAAGGCACGUGACAAUGCCAGGCACAUUAUCAAAAAGGUCACUAAGGAAUAUUCUCUCUCUAUCUCUCACACUCUCUCUAUCUCUCACACUCUCUCUAUCUCUCACACUCUCUCUAUCUCUCACACUCUCUCUAUCUCUCACACUCUCUCUAUCUCUCACACUCUCUCUAUCUCUCACACUCUCUCUAUCUCUCACACUCUCUCUAUCUCUCACACUCUCUCUAUCUCUCACACUCUCUCUAUCUCUCACACUCUCUCUAUCUCUCACACUCUCUCUAUCUCUCACUCUCUCUCUAUCUCUCUCUAUCUCUCUAUAUCUCUAUCUCUCUAUAUCUCUAUCUCUCUAUAUCUCUCUCUCUCUCUCUCUCUCUCUAUCUCUCUCUCUCUCUCUCUCUCUCUAUCUCUCUCUCUCUAUCUCUCUCUCUAUCUCUCUCUAUCUCUAUCUCUCUCUAUCUCUCUCUCUCUCUCUCUCUCUCUUUAA